AUGUCUCGUCUCUGCACCUGUCAGAUGCUGUGUCCGAGCUGUUCAGCUAUCAGGGCCGGGGGCAAGGGUUGCUGUGGAAAAGGUUGCUGUGGCAACCGCUGCCGGAUGUUGAACUCUGUCAUAUCCUCCGCCGUCGGCGUUCUUGGUGGGAUUUACUGCACCAGUGUCGCCUCAGCUGGGUUGGCUGUUGGACCCAAGUGCCAGGUGGAAAGUGGCAAAUGGGAGUACCCCUUUAAAGAGACGGGCACGGGCAAUGGGAGCUACCUUGUAAACCAGGAUAUGUGGACUACAUGUGUGCACCCUAAAAACAUAGUGCUGUGGAACAUCGUUCUGUUCUCUAUCCUGCUGGCCAUGGGCUUGCUGCAGAUUGUGCUCUGCGGCCUCCAGGCGAUCAACGGCUGUUUGGGAUGCAUCUGCGGAGACUGUCGGGACAGCAAAGACGAUGAAAGCGGACUGUAAGGGUGAAGAAGAAAAAUCCUGCUGUGACCGGCCUCCAAAAGGACCCCCACGCUUUUCUCCAUUGGUGCCACUUCUGCGAAGACGCUCAUCGACUCGCUUUUGUUUCCUCUUUCCAGAAUGUGUCAGAACCGAACUCCAUUAUUUUGUGAAUUGCAAUCUUCUUGUUUGUAUCUCCCAACUUAAUUCCUUUAACUGAAAUAAUUUAUGAAAUAAGGAGUAAUUCCUGUGCUGAGGAAUCAACGCAGGAUGGAUAUGAAUAAAUAGCAAAUAACUGUUUGAUGUGGGCUUACACUGUAUACCAGGUAAAUGUGAAAAUGUGAUCAAAUUUAAAAAAUAAAGGCAGCAUAUUUUUAAA